AUGAGGGACUGCGUCACGGUGGAUCCGUUGCAGCUGGCGAAGCGCGCCGCUGCCGGUGGCUGCCCUUUGUUGCAGCUCGGAGAGUUCCUCCCCGUUCCAGGACCUCGAUACUUGUCAGAGCAGGACAAAGUGCUUGCUUUUGCCAGCCCGUUGUAUGCUCCACUGUCGUACUCGCUGCCGACAGUGGAGGUGGACGUGCCGUCCGAGUCGAACUUUCGCUACAAGGCAGCAGCUGAGGCGCUGCUGGAAGGUGCAGUGGUCCGGGGUCUGCCAUCUCAGGACAAGCUGCUGGCGCGCCCUUCCUUGCUUUUGCAUGCCCCGACCAAUCCGAGAGUGUCCGCUGUGGUGAGCCCACUCUGGCAGUUUCGGGUAGGGUCGCGUCGCCAACUCAUUGCGAAGUGGAGGAGCGACCGGCGAUUCCUUCUAGAAGGCUAUCUUAAGUGGCUGCCGUCGUCGAUGCACGAUGAUGUGCCCUCGGAUCUCGAUUUGAUGCGCGGGAUUUGGCGCCCCCUCGCUCAGCCGGCGCGGACGAGAUCUGUCUUGCUGCCGCGUCUCGGCAUGGAAGAGGACGAGGUCGCGAGCAAGCGCCAGCGAAAGGAAGAUCCUGCAUGGAAGUUUCUGUGUGCAUGGUUUUGCCCCUAUGCGCAGCGAGCGUGGAUUGCACUGAACCAUCACAAGAUUCCGUACGAGUACGUAGAGGCGCUGACCCUGAAGCUGGAGCCGGGGCAGACGCUGAAGGAUGCCAAAGGUUAUGAGAAGCAUCCGCUGCUUCUGAAGCACCACCCCUCGGGCCUGGUGCCCACAAUCGUGCGAGCAGACGAGUCCCAGCCGGCUGUUUACGAGUCCCUCACCUGCGUGGAGUUUGCCGACGACCUUGCGGUGAAGCGAAGCCUCAGCCAACCUCUGCUCCCAGAGGACCCUGUCCUUCGGGCCAGGGCCCGGAUUUGGGCGAGUUGGGCAGACAAGAACAUCAGCUCGAGUUUCUAUGCCGUGCUCGUGCCGACAGACGUGGAGAGGCGAAGGGAGGGCCACGUGAAGCUCAUAGCGGCCUUGCAGAAAUUUCAGGAGAAUCUCCAGGGCCCUUUCUUCUUUGGUCAGGACCUCUCUAUAGUCGACGUUGCUGCUUUACCUUGGUGCUAUCGCAUCUUCACGUGUGGCAUCAUCGAGCGCUAUCGAGACGCAAGCUUCGGCUACGACCGCGUGGCCUUUGCUCCUUUGCAGACCUGGCUGGACGCGUGUCUGGCACUGCCUGCGGUGAAGGACACCUUGCCAGAUCCAGAGAGGCUGGUGGACACUUACAAACGCUACGCAGACGGGACCGCAGAGAGCAAAGUGGGAGAGGACUAUUCGGUCGGGCAUUAUAGACCUCCAAUGUUCUUGUCAGCGCGGCUGGUUGCGCCUAUCGUUUUCCAUGACCGAGUGAAGAACACCCUCGCCUGUAAAGUUAGGAUUUCCGAGCAAACCGGAAGUGUUUGCAAUUACCGAGUCUAUGGCCUUGGUGCCAGUCUGAACACAACGCACAUCAUCGUAGACUUCCUCCACGCCCUUGCACUCCUUGCCUUUGCAGUUGCUCAGGGCCCGGCUCCUGAAGGCUACGAGAUUCUUGGAGCGGUCAAGGUCAAGGACGGGCUCUUCAUUGGUGAUGCCCUGGCAGCCCAGGCUAGGAAGAUUCCUGUUUGCCGUCGCAGCGUUUGGGAGCUGAAGCCGCGCCGGUCGCUGAUGCUGCCCGCUGCGAUGACUCGGCGAGGUGUGCGGUUGCGAGGCUUUAAUGAUGCCCACCUUUUCCAGCUUUUCGAGCGCUUCGGGAGAAUCUGGUCUUCCAGAGUCUGUCCAUCUCGCAGGACGGGUGGCUUCGGGUAUGCCUUCGUCAAGUACGGCGAUCCAUCCCAUGCCGCUGCAGCGAUCAAAUCUCUGAAUGAGUAUGAUGUAGGUGGGGCGGUGAUAUCAGUGAAGCUUGCGGACAAUGAUCGCGGCCCACAUCAGUCGGACGGUGGCAAGGGUAAAGGCAAGCUCGAUCCCUGGAACAUCCCCGCGGAUCAGAGUGAGGUCCUAAUCACCGGCUUGCCGCGUGACACGGAUGAGGAGUCAAUUCGGCAGAUGUUUAAAGACAUGGGGAGGAUCACAAUGAUAAAGGUCUGCUGUGAAGGGAAGAUGGACGGCCAAGGAUAUGCUUUGGCGAGAUUCAGAUACCCUGAAGAAGCGCAGCAUGCAAUACGACAAACGGAUGGCAGCAUACACAAGGGGCUGACAAUCCGGACCCUCCUGUCGUCCAGUACUGCUGCGAAGGGCGAGGUCAAGAACAUGCUCGAGAGACAGAAUGUCCCGACAGAGAGCUUGUUUGUCAUGGGCCUUCCGCCGGGGAGCACCACAGAAACCAUUACUGCGUUCUUCGGUCAAUUUGCCGGGGUCGCCUUUGUCAAGGUGCUGGACACCAACGGGAAGAAGGGCGAUACGGUUGCCCUGGUGCGCAUGAACACCCUUGAUGAGGCAGUGUGGUGUUUCGACCGACUGAACGGCCAGGAGACAGCACCCAAUCUACAGCUCAUCGUCCGCUAUUCCGAUCCCCCGAAAGGGGCCAAGGGGAUGACCAAGGGCCUGGAUGAGCUGCAGGCCAUGCCACCCGGCAUUCCGGCGCCGCGAACGCAUGGCUUCAGUUACUCGCCGUAUGGAGAGGAGGCGCCUCCGACCGCCCAGCGGCCGGUGAGGAGCUUCACAGGCACAGAUUUCGCCGAUCAG